CUGAGCUUACUUAACUUUGCAAGAUGGCAAUAGAUUUACAACCCUUGAUCAUUGGUGGUCUUUUUCUCUGUUUUGGCGCACAAGUACACGGGAACGAUGAGUUAACAACAGAGCCAGUAACGUCGCACAGGAGUGUGGAAAAUCAAGUUUCACAUACUAUGUCUUCCCCAACACAAGCUGGGAGAAUGACCACAGGUCUGUUUUUGUUAUCAUGGGCAGCAAUUGAGACUACAUUUGCACAAAAUACUACUGCAAGUCCUAACAACAGAUGUUUGCCAGGAAACACUAACAACAACAACCUCAACCUAAGUGGCCUUAAUGGAACGUUUGAGAGUCCAAGAGAUCCUUAUCACUCCCAAUAUUAUCCGGGAAUGAGCUGUGACUGGCUCAUUACAGUACCAGAAGGGAACAUUGUAAAACUCAGCUUCGAGCUAUUCGAUAUGGAGUCUGUGGGUGCAGGUUUUCCUUUAUGGCGUUGCUAUGGUGAUUAUGUAGAGGUACUUGAAGGGAACAGAAGUGACAGUAAGGCCAAAGGAAAGUUGUGUGGUGAGUCAAAUCCAGGGAUAAUCCGCUCGAGAAGUCGGUACAUGCUGGUGCGAUUCAGAUCAGAUUCCUCCCACUCCUCGUAUCGAUAUCACAAAGGAUUUAAGGCUGAUUUCACAGCAGAGAAUAAACUAAUUUGUCCUUACUACGGUGAAGCACUUGCUGCUUCUAUAUCAGAUAAGAAGACACUGACGAGUCCAGGCUAUCCUCUCUUGCCUCCUGCCAGUUUGUUGCCAUGGAGGUGCAGAUGGAUACUCAAAUUACCGGAUGACCUUUCCACUGGUGGAGCAUAUGUAUUGAAAGUUACUUUUAAUCACUUCAAUCUUCAAAAAGCUUCUGAUAGACUCACUUUUUAUGAUGGUAUCAAUUCAGCAUCAACGCGUCUUGGAAAAUCAUAUUCCGGAACGGUCCAUCCUGAUGUGAUUUAUUCCACAGGCCGCCACAUGUUUGUUGAUUUUUCUGUGGAAGGAAAAUGGUAUUUGGAAGCAGGCAGUUUUAGUUUAAACUUUUCAGCCGUGGUCAGAGAGGAAGCCUUUGGAGCAUGCCAAUUGUUAGAAGGGAAUACCGAGCGUAGUAACCUCACUGGUUCCUCUGGUACCCUCUUCUCCCCAUUCUAUCCUACUCCUUAUUCGAAAAAUGUCAUUUGUAUUUGGGUGAUUUCCGUUCCUGCUAACAAAAGAGUGAAGCUAACAUUUGAUAAAUUUGAUCUUGCUCCCGGGGAGGACAACGUGCGAAUACUUGAUGGGCGAGAGUCGUCGAGUGAAGAGGUAGCUGUUUACCACGGAUACAACUUAUUUAGUAGUGAGUCAGCGGUGUACUCGACUGGGGGGUACAUGUGGAUAAAGUUUCAAUCCACUCUGGACUCUUGGUAUCAUACUGGAUUUAAAGCACAUUUUGAGGCUGUGGAACCACCGAAAACUAAAGCUGUAAAUUCCAGCGAGUUAUGUUACCCGGAUAACGUCCACAACUUUGAUUUGAGGUUGACCGGAUCAGAAGGGAUUCUAGAGAGUCCGUUGACCUACUACCCACCGGGUUUAUUUUGUGAAUGGCUCAUCACUGUACCCGAGGGACAAAGCGUUGAACUCAUCUUCGAGAGAUUUCAGUUGGAUCAUGGUUGCAGAGAUUAUGUGGAAGUUGGAGAUGGAAUGCCAUUGUCUGGCACAUCUUUGGGAAAAUACUGUGGAACUACAAUUCCCGAAAACGUUCGUUCAAGUCACCGUAAUCGUUAUAUGUGGGUUGAGUUCUACUCUGCCACAGAUUAUGCGGGUAGAAAACCACACAGAGGAUUCAAAGCCACCUUCAAGGCCGUAUCAAGUUCAGAGUCUCCUGCUUGGAUGACACCCAUUAUUGUAACUGUCAUAGUGUUUAUUGCACUGAUAGUCCUUUCCGUUUGCUUGGCUGAACGAGUUAGAAGGCGAAACAGAGAGGCAGCGGAGAGGUUUCCAAUGGCUAUAGUAUCACGCCGUACUCCUUCUGAACCUGUUUCAACAAACGCAGAUAUACCACCCCCUGAUUACCCAUACCCGUUAGAAUCGCCACCACCCUACCCUGGUGAGGAACAGAUUCCACAGUUUCCACCUCCAGGACAGUCGUAUCCAUGGCAACAAAGUACACCGGCUGAAGAAUCCGUUACCCAUGAGAAUUCGUGACGUUCCUUUGACGAUUUUAAUCCUGUUUUGCGCUCGCGAGAUAAGUUGAAGCUCUAAAGUAAGAUUAAGAUUAAGCGUCAGCUGGGCAGAGAGGCUUACUGGGCUCAGCUGUAUAAAGAGCGGAUAAAGCUAUCCGACGGAUAAAUCGCCAUCCAGCAGAUAAGUGAUAGCAAAACAUAUGGCGUCAUCCACCGGAUCGAGAUCUAUCCUGCGGAUAGCGUUAUCCGACCUUCGAACAACCGGGGCCUGCUCUAUUUGGUCUAUUUCUCUUUCUCGUGCUUGCAUUUACUUCCUGUCGGUUCUCACCCAAUUUUCCUGUGCUAAUGCUUAAGGAAAAGUAAAAAAAAGCACGCCAUACAUGUCAUAUCGGAUCACUAUCAUUAUCUACCUGUAAUCGGUGUUUUCAUACACCCGAUGGGGCAAUCGGCAAAGACUGCUAUCUCAGCCGUUAUCUGUCCCUUUCGAUUUCGCCGACAGUCCUGAUCGGCGAAUUAAAAUCUCCAAUGGAGACAAUGGAGUUGGUUUGUCAAGCUAUAUCAUCUAAUUACAAAAGUAGUUGUAGGGA